CAGGACUGUGACACGAUGCUCCCCCCCUCAGGCCGACGUCCCGACGGCCUAGCUUUACUUCUUCUUUCAACGACAACCUUCCCAGAAACCUACGCCGAAAGGCCUUUCCAGCACCCUUCGUCGUCAGAAUCUUGCAGUCGCCACUGACUUAUUUGGUGACGAAAUGCUUCCCUGUACUUCCUGCGAAACCCUUAACCUUACCGAUUGCCGCGUUCUUGACCGUUCCUCCAAAUGCAAUCAUUGUCUUCGUGCUAGUCGUCCCGACUGCGAUGUCCUGGGUCUCACUCCCGCCCUAACGGCCUCCCUUCGUCGCCAAAAGGAGAAAUUGGAUGCCGAAGAGCAAGAGGCUCGCGCAACCAUGUUACAGGCGGCGUCGAAACUUACUCGGGUAGAUACCCAGCGUCGUAACUUAUCCGCCAAGUUUCGUCGCAUCGCAGCCCGCGAGGAGCGGUUGAUUGAGGACUUGGAGCGGGAAGAGGCGCAAGCCGCUUCUUCCGCUAGCCCCUCCUUGGUCCCUUCCUUCGACUGCACCUCCGCGUCGAACUGGCUAGAUCCAAACCUCCCAAUUGAUCCGUCCCUCGACCUCCAGUCUGCCUUUGGCCCUCUUCCUGGCUCGACGGUCGGUUCUCCCCGGAGUUCCCCUCCUUUAGCCGUCCAGGGUUCCUCCGAUGGAACUCCUCCAGCUUCUCAGGGCAACUAAUUGUCCGUCAUUAAUGCGAGAGUCUAGUACUUCUUCCACGUCGUACUCCUCUUCCUCGUCCUCGGCUUUUACUUGUGUGUCUGGGCUGGCCGCCCGUGGUGCCAGUUCUAAGAGCGAGAGGUGGAAAGUGUGUGACCUUAGACGUAUCGUACUGGGUAGCUCC